CGGCGGCGACAGCGGCGGCAGCAGCAUCUUUGCAGGUCCGGCAACAGCAGCGGCGCGAGGCCAAGUUAUGGUGGUGCAAACGCCUUUGGUCAGCGAGGAACACCGGGGAUUCUGGUAACAGCGAUGUAAACUCACAUUCUGUGAAACUUCUCGAAUCCCAUACAAUGGAGGAAUUAUACAAGGACGCCCAAAACCUACCCAUGGAUGUUACCAGUUCUCCUCCCUCCUUGGCCAAUAACAAACUGGAAAAUGGGGUGGCUCAGCUGAUCACAGCUGAGGCAUGGAAUAUCAACUCGACAGACUUGAUGAAAAAAGCACUUUCACCACUGGUGACUGUUCCAGCCCCUUCCAUCCUGACCCCUCCGGCAGAAUCACAAAGCGGGGUAGCCCUGAAAGUCGCGGCAACUGUACUGCAGCCAAUUUGCUUAGGGGACAGCCCAGUAGUCCUGCCCAUCCAUCUGCAAGUAGCAGGAAGCACCACCCCUCAGAUCAGUCCCAAUAAUAAUACCCCCUAUGUCAUGACUACCCAAGGUCCAGUGCCUCUGCCUGUCCUCCUAGAGCAGCAUGUGUUCCAACAUUUAAAUUCGCCACUGGUCUUGCCUCAAAGCGCUCCCUGUCCCCCCAAUCCCAUUCACAACAAUCUUUUCCAGGGAGCUUCUGCACCUGUGGGACAACCCCAGCUGCUAGACCAGAAACCCCCCAGUCAGCCUCAAGAACCCGUAUUACCCCCAGUAUUUCAGACCCCAGGUUUUGCUGCUGUUCUUCAAGACCUGUUUCCUUCCCAGGGGACUCUGGGCUCGUCUCCUUGUCAGCCUCCUCCAGAUUACGCGUCUGUCCCGCCUCAACCCUUUAGCUCUCCCCUGUCUCCUCUGGUCCCACCAGCCACUCUGCUGGUGCCGUACCCAGUGAUCGUGCCCCUGCCGGUACCGGUGCCCAUCCCCAUCCCCAUCCCCAUCGCCGUGCCCCAUAGUUCCGAGUCCAAACUCAGCCCUGACUUUCCCAAGCCCCCGUCCUUCGGGAUGUAUUCCUGUAAAGAAACUCAGACCCCGCUCGAGAAGGAAGAGAUAAAGCCCUUCAGCUUCCUCCAGCAGCGGGAGUUCUCCCAACUCAGCCGCCACACGGUGAUCAAAAUGGGCAACGAGAACGAGGCCCUGGACCUUUCCAUGAAGUCCAUGCCCUUGAUCAAAGCAAGCGAGCUCAGCCCUCCGCCAUACCCUGAAGAUAGUGCACUAGACCUAUCCCUCUCUUCCUCCCGAAAGGCAGGAAGUUCUGGGCCUCUCCCGGAGGCAAUUAUCUGUCCCGGUUCGGCCAUGGACAGCCCGGCUCUUCCGUUGAUGGAGAAACUGGCCGGUGCGGCCAUCCCUUUCAGCCAGCCUAAGCCACAUGAGACCUCCAUCAAAGACGGCCGCCUCGGGGGCGGGGGCGGCGGCGGCGGCGGAGGAGGAGGAGGAGGAGGAGGAGGAGGCGGCGGCGGGGGCAAUUCCGGCAACUCCUCAGAGCUCCUGAGGCAACAGCAAAAGUGGCUAGUGGACCCGAGCGGUCGGCCGGGCUGUGAGCCCAAAACUGGAAAUAACAUUGAGAUCGUGAGCACGUCACAGACGGCCAAAGUGAUCGUGUCUGUCAAGGACGCUGUGCCCACGAUUUUUUGUGGCAAGAUCAAAGGCCUCUCGGGGGUGUCCACCAAAAACUUUUCCUUCAAGAGAGACCUUCCCCAGGAUUCUGUGCUGCAGUGCUAUGAUGUCAAGGGCCCGGCAGAGUCCAGGGAAAAUGCAGAAUCCCUUAGGAAACCCAUCAAAAACCGGAGUGUAAAGUUAAAGAAAAUGAACUCGCAGGAAAUACACAUUCUUCCAAUCAAAAAGCAACGGCUGGCUGCCUUUUUUCCAAGAAAGUAAAUUAUGGCUUUUUAAAGAAAUUAAGAUUAUAAUAUUAUGGGGAAAGAUGCACUUGGUUUAAAAAAUGCAUUUAAAACUUAAACUAUCUUUGUAAGUUAUUUUUUGGGGGUAGUAGGGAGGUGGGGGGAGAGGAUCAGCUCUAGAUUCCCUGUAAGCUGAUUUGGCUUUUUUUUUUUUUUAAUUUUCAACUUUUCCUGAAAGAGUAAAUAAAAGCAACCUAUUUUUCCAGUGGAUUGCACAUUUUUGCAGCUUUAAUGGAAUAACGGAUGAGUCAGAGGGGGUAAAAGCUAUUUUCACUGCCAUAAAGUGCUUUGAUGAUGUAAUUCCUAAUAAUGGGUAGGAUGAAUAUUUCAAAAUAAAUGUUUGU